GCCGCCCCCCCGGUGCCUUCGCCCGGCGCCGCCCGGCGCCGUCCAGAGCAGCGGCCGCGGCCCCGCCACCAUGACCCCCCCGGUGCCGCUGCUGCUGCCGCUGCUGCUCGGGGCCCUGCCGCCGCCCGCCGCCCCCCAGCCCCGCUUCAGCCCCGAGGCCUGGCUGCAGCAAUAUGGCUACCUGCCCCCCGGCGACCUGCGGACCCACACGCAGCGCUCGCCCCAGUCGCUCUCGGCCGCCCUGGCCGCCAUGCAGCGCUUCUACGGGCUCCCCGUCACCGGCGCCGCCGACCCCGACACCCUCAAGGCCAUGCGCCGUCCCCGCUGCGGCGUGCCGGACAAGUUCGGGGCGGAGAUCAAGGCCAACGUGCGUCGCCGGCGCUACGCGAUCCAGGGCAUGAAGUGGGAGCACCAGGAGAUCACCUUCUGCAUCCAGAACUACACCCCCAAGGUGGGGGAGGCCGGGACGUUCGGGGCCAUCCGGAGGGCCUUCGCCGUGUGGGCGGCGGCCGCCCCGCUGCGCUUCCGGGAGGUGCCCUACGGGGAGGUGCGGCAGGGCCGGGCCCCCCAGGCGGACAUCAUGAUCUUCUUCGCCGAGGGCUUCCACGGCGACAGCACCCCCUUCGACGGCGAGGGCGGCUUCCUGGCCCACGCCUACUUCCCCGGGCCCCACAUCGGCGGCGACACCCACUUCGACGGCGCCGAGCCCUGGACCGCCCGCAACGAUGACCUCAGCGGCAACGACCUCUUCCUGGUGGCGGUGCACGAGCUGGGCCACGCGCUGGGGCUGGAGCACUCCAGCGACCCGUCGGCCAUCAUGGCCCCCUUCUACCAGUGGAUGGACACCGAGGCCUUCGUCCUCCCCGACGACGACCGACGCGGCAUCCAGCAGCUCUACGGCAGCGGGACGUGGCCGGGGCCCAGCCGGGCCCCCCCGGGCCCCCCCCGCACCACGGCCCGGCCCCACGGCCCCGACCGGCCCCCCGGCCCCCCCUACGGCCCCCGGAUCUGCGACGGCAACUUCGACACCGUCGCCAUGCUGCGCGGAGAGAUGUUCAUCUUCAAGGAGCGGUGGUUCUGGCGCGUGCGGGACCGGCGGGUGAUGGACGGGUACCCGCUGCCCAUCGGGCAGUUCUGGGUGGGGCUGCCCCCCAACAUCAACACCGCCUACGAGAGGAAGGACGGCAAGUUCGUCUUCUUCAAAGGGGACAAGCACUGGGUGUUCGACGAGGCGGCGCUGGAGCCCGGCUACCCGCGGCCGCUGCGCGAGCUGGGCCGGGGCCUCCCCACCGACCGCAUCGACGCCGCCCUGCUCUGGCUGCCCAGCGGCAAGACCUACUUCUUCCGCGGCAACAAGUACUACCGCUUCAACGAGGACACCCGCUCCGUGGACCCCGACUACCCCAAGGGCAUCGAGGUGUGGGGCGGCGUCCCCGAGUCCCCCCGCGGCGCCUUCAUGGGCCCCGACGACGCCUUCACCUACUUCUACAAGGGCGGCCGCUAUUGGCAGUUCGACAACCGGCAGCUGCGGGUGGGGCCGGGCUACCCCAAGUCGGUGCUGCGCGAUUGGCUGGGCUGCGGCGGGGGCGGGGCGGGGGGCGGGGACGACGGGGAGGCCCCGCCCACCGUGGCGGGGGGGGGCGGGGGGGACACGGAGGUCAUCGUCAUCGAGGUGGGGGCGGGGCCGGGGGCGGUGGCCGUGCCGCUGGCGCUGGUGGCGGCGGCCGUGGGGCUGGCGGCCGGGGGGCUGCUGUGCCGCCGCCGCGGGGCCCCCAAGCGCCUGCUGCGCUGCCAGCGCUCCCUGCUGCCCCGCGUCUAGCCCCGCCCACUUCCGGGAGGGGCCCCGCCCACUUCCGGGAGGGGAUGCGCCCCACUUCCGGGACGGGAUGCGCCCGCUUCCGGGACGGGAUGCGUCCACGUCUGGGAGGGGACACGCCCCACUUCCGGGAGGGGAAACGCCCCACUUCCGGGAGGGGACACGCCCACUUCCGGGAUGGGACACGCCCACUUCCGGGAUGGGGAGUGCCCACUUCCGGGAGGGGCCCCGCCCACUUCCGGGAGGGGACGCGCCCCACUUCCGGGAGGGGACACGCCCCACUUCCGGGACGGGAGGCACCCACGUCCGGGAGGGGAUGCGCCCACUUCCGGGACGGGAUGCGCCCCACUUCCGGGAGGGGAUGCGCCCCACUUCCGGGAGGGGACACGCCCACUUCCGGGACGGGAUGCACCCACGUCCGGGAGGGGAUGCGCCCACUUCCGGGACGGGAUGCACCCACUUCCGGGACGGGAUGCGCCCCACUUCCGGGAGGGGAUGCGCCCCACUUCCGGGAGGGGACACGCCCACUUCCGGGAGGGGACAUGCCCCACUUCCGGGGCGGGAUGUGCCCACUUCCGGGAAGGGCCCCGCCCCACUUCCGGGAGGGGACACGCCCCUCCCCCCCCCCCGCUUGGGCCUCCCCUCCCUCCUCCCUCCUCCUCCCCCAGGCAGCUCCCCACCGGGUGGCGCCCGGAGGCCACGCCCCCCCAGGAGGCCACGCCCACAAGCUGGCCGUGCCCCCAAGGAGGCCACACCCCCCCAAGGAGGCCGUGCCCCCAGGGAGGCCACACCCACAGUGUGGCCCCUCCCACCUGUGGCCGUGGGCAUUUGGGAUCCCGGUGGCCACGCCCCCCCAUGUGGGAGGCCACGCCCCCAAGGGGCCAUGCCCACAAUAUGGCCACGCCCACAAGGAGGCCACACCCACAGCGUGGCCACACCCACAAUGUGGCCCCUCCCACCUGUGGCUACAGCCCUUGGGAGCCCGGUGGCCACGCCCCCCCAUGUGGGAGGCCACGCCCCCUCCCUGGGGAGGCGGCCCCUCCCACCCGGAGCCACGCUCACCCGCCCCAGGCCCCUCCCACUUGUGGCUGGGGGCGGAGCUCUGCCUGGGGGCCCCGUGGCCCCGCCCCCCCGGAGGCCCCGCCCCCCUUUGCAGGAGCCCGGGGGGCGGGGCCUGUGUUGGCCUCGCCCCUCCCCUUCCUGACGGUGCUCUGGGCGGGGCCGGCGGAGGGGGGCGGGGCUUCCCCCUGGCCCCGCCUCCUCCCCCCCCCCUUCCGGGAGCCGCGCUGGGCGCGCCCGGGGGGGGGGGAGAGGUGACCCCUGACCCCGCCCCCCCACCUUGACCUCGCUGGGAAAGGUCAGGGGUCAGCCCCGCCCCCACGAGGGGGGGGAGGGAAGGGGGCGGAGCUGGGGCGGGAGCCACGCCCACCCCCCUGCAGGGCCGGGGGGGAGGGGAGGGGAGGGGCUGCGGGUCACGUGACCCCCCCAGCGCCCCGCCCACCGCAGGGGCGGGGCCGUCCGUGGAGCGGAGGCCCCUCAUUGGCCGGCGGGGCUGGGGGGGGCGUGGCCAAGGGGGGGGGAGGCGGGGCUGCCUAUGCAAACGAGGCCUAUGCAAACGAGGGGGGCGGGGCAAGCUACGCGAGGGGGCGGGGCUAUGCAAACGAGGGGGCGGGGCCCGGUGUACAUAGGGGUGGGGUGGGGUUUCCGGGGGGGGGCGAUUUUUGGGGCGUUUUGGGGUUUUUUUUUUACCGUUUCGGGGAUUUUUUUCGGGGGGGUCGGAGGGGCCCGGGGGGGCCCCGCCCCCCCCCUUCCUGCUGGCCGGGACGGGGGGGGGAGGGGCCGCCCCGGACGCCUGGGCCCUCCGCGGCCCCCCCCCCCCCGGGGGGGGGUGGGAGGGGGGGCGGGAGGGGAGAGACCCCCCCCCCCGGGGCGCGGACGGAUUAAUAAUUAAUAAUUAAUUAAUAAUAAUUAAUAAAGAAACGCCCGGAA